AUGUUCGAGCAGUGUAUGUACGAGAACGGAAACGAACGCAACAAAAUCGUGCUAUUGCAAGCUUCGCUCAUGAUGGGAUUUUGGCACUCCGAAAUUGACGAACACGCACAGCCUUGGUACUGGACGGGCUCCGCGAUAAGCCACUGUCAAAUUCUGGGCCUCCAUCGGGAUCCAGGAACCUCGGCAUACAACCCGCAUAUUACUGACAGACAGCGAUCGCUUUGGCGUCGCCUUUGGUGGUGCUGUUUUUUCCGUGACCGCUGGCUUGGUCUCACCUUAGGCAGACCUCUGCGGAUCAAUCUCAAUGAUUCUGACGUUCCUAUGCCGUUGACCGGGGAUAUGCUUUUUGACAUCGAUGGCUUGAGCGAAGUUGGUCUUGCUAAUCAUUUACCAAGUGAGAUGCCAAGAUUGAGUGAGUACUGGGUGAUGCUCAUCGAAAUGAGUCGUCAGCUAGGCGAUGUUUUGGUUAUGAAUUACCAAGCCGCUCGACCUAAGGGGACACUCGAUGAUGUGGCAAUGCUUGAGAGACGUCUUCUGCAAUGCAGACUCCCAGAUCUGUAUGAAGGUGGUUUAACGCGCAUUUCGAAAUUCUACUCAAAUCAUGUUCACCUACACUACCAGGCGAUGUUGAUCACUUUUUACCGGCCUUGGGGAAUGGAGUUUCCAGAAGGUGAUGCCGGUGCGAAAGAAGACUGGCAACACCGAAUGAGACUCAAGGCUGAUCACGCUGCCGCUCAAACAAAUGAGAUUCUGGAUAGGCUUGUCCAAGAUGAAUUGCUUGGAUUGGCAGGACCCAUGACACCCCCACUGCUGGUCCCAGCGAUGCAAACACAUCUACUUCAAUGCAAAUUUGGUGAUUCCCUUGCCAAACGCAUUCGGCUAAAUAAACUUGAAGUGUGCAUGCUGGUCAUGGAAGAACUUCAGAAAACUUAUACCGUCGCUUCUGUGUAUCGGGGAAUUUUCACCAAGGCUAUACAGCAGAUCUUCCCGGAUUAUCCUGGUCACGUGAUGCAUACAAGUUGUUCACCAACAUCUAUCACUAUUCCUCGGAAUGAGGGACCUACCAGGAAUUCACUCAACAAUCCUGAAAGUUUAAUUGCUGGUGAUCAGCUCGGGGAUUCUGACUUUGGAGAUUUAGGUGGGGAUGAUUUAAUGGCUGCUCUGAUGGAUAAUGCCUCUGUAUUUGAUUUUUGGCAGGCUUGCAAUCAACUGUGA